AUGUGGACAGCACAUUUCUCAUCAACAAUAUAUCCAAAGUACCAUGGAUCCCGUCCAUACCAGGUUACAAUGGCCAUACCCUAUAGCACACCAGAGUGGUAUUUCUGGUACCUUAGAGGAGAAGAGGAAAGAGAAAAGAAACUUAUGAGGCUUCUGGCGUGCUCGAAACGUCAAGGUUCACUGCUCUUGUCUGUCCUUUCCCUGGCCUUAAAAGAGGCUCGGAAGUCAGACGAUCGGCCAAUCAGAGAGGCUCGGAAGUCAGACGAUCAGCCAAUCAGAGAGGCUCGGAAGUCAGACGAUCAACCAAUCAGAGAGACUCGGAAGUCAGACGAUCAGCCAAUCAGAGAAGCUCGGAAGUCAGACGAUCAGCCAAUCAGAGAGGCUCGGAAGUCAGACGAUCAGCCAAUCAGAGAAGCUCGGCAGCCAGACGAUCGGCCAAUCAGAGAAGCUCGGAAGUCAGACGAUCAGCCAAUCAGAGAGGCUCGGAAGUCAGACGAUCAGCCAAUCAGAGAAGCUCGGAAGUCAGACGAUCAGCCAAUCAGAGAAGCUCGGCAGCCAGACGAUCGGCCAAUCAGAGAAGCUCGGAAGUCAGACGAUCAGCCAAUCAGAGAAGCUCGGAAGUCAGACGAUCAGCCAAUCAGAGAAGCUCGGAAGCCAGACGAUCGGCCAAUCAGAGAGGCUCGGAAGUCAGACGAUCAGCCAAUCAGAGAAGCUCGGAAGUCAGACGAUCAGCCAAUCAGAGAAGCUCGGAAGUCAGACGAUCAGCCAAUCAGAGAGGCUCGGAAGUCAGAUGAUCAGCCAAUCAGAGAAGCUCGGAAGUCAGACGAUCAGCCAAUCAGAGAAGCUCGGCAGCCAGACGAUCGGCCAAUCAGAGAGGCUCGGAAGUCAGACGAUCAACCAAUCAGAGAGACUCGGAAGUCAGACGAUCGGCCAAUCAGAGAGGCUUGGAAGUCAGACGAUCGGCCAAUCAGAGAAGCUCAGAAGUCAGACGAUCAACCAAUCAGAGAGGCUCAGAAGUCAGACGAUCGGCCAAUCAGAGAGGCUUGGAAGUCAGACGAUCGGCCAAUCAGAGAAGCUCGGAAGUCAGACGAUCAGCCAAUCAGAGAGGCUCGUGCAGUCAGACGAUCAGCCAAUCAGAGAAGCUCGUGCAGUCAGACGAUCAGCCAAUCAGAGAAGCUCGGAAGUCAGACGAUCAGCCAAUCAGAGAAGCUCGUGCAGUCAGACGAUCAGCCAAUCAGAGAGGCUCGGAAGUCAGACGAUCAGCCAAUCAGAGAAGCUCGUGCAGUCAGACGAUCAACCAAUCAGAGAAGCUCGUGCAGUCAGACGAUCAGCCAAUCAGAGAAGCUCGUGCAGUCAGACGAUCAGCCAAUCAGAGAGGCUCGUGCAGUCAGACGAUCAACCAAUCAGAGAAGCUCGUGCAGUCAGACGAUCAGCCAAUCAGAGAAGCUCGUGCAGUCAGACGAUCAGCCAAUCAGAGAAGCUCGGAAGUCAGACGAUCAGCCAAUCAGAGAAGCUCGGAAGUCAGACGAUCAGCCAAUCAGAGAGGCUCGGAAGUCAGACGAUCAGCCAAUCAGAGAAGCUCGUGCAGUCAGACGAUCAGCCAAUCAGAGAGGCUCGUGCAAGCAGACGAUCAGCCAAUCAGAGAAGCUCGGAAGUCAGACGAUCAGCCAAUCAGAGAAGCUCGGAAGUCAGACGAUCAGCCAAUCAGAGAAGCUCGUGCAGUCAGACGAUCAGCCAAUCAGAGAGGCUCGUGCAGUCAGCCGAUCAGCCAAUCAGAGAGGCUCGUGCAGUCAGACGAUCAACCAAUCAGAGAAGCUCGGAAGUCAGACGAUCAGCCAAUCAGAGAGGCUCGUGCAGUCAGACGAUCAGCCAAUCAGAGAGGCUCGUGCAGUCAGACGAUCAGCCAAUCAGAGAGGCUCGUGCAGUCAGACGAUCAACCAAUCAGAGAAGCUCGGAAGUCAGACGAUCAGCCAAUCAGAGAGGCUCGUGCAGUCAGACGAUCAGCCAAUCAGAGAGGCUCGUGCAGUCAGACGAUCAGCCAAUCAGAGAGGCUCGUGCAGUCAGACGAUCAGCCAAUCAGAGAAGCUCGGAAGUCAGACGAUCAGCCAAUCAGAGAAGCUCGUGCAGUCAGACGAUCAGCCAAUCAGAGAGGCUCGUGCAGUCAGACGAUCAGCCAAUCAGAGAAGCUCGUGCAGUCAGACGAUCAGCCAAUCAUGA